GGCCCCUUGCAAAGGAAGCAUAGCAUAGGCCUGCAGCUUGUGGAGGGAUGCCUUGUGCCGAGGCCCCUCUCCCUCCCACAGCCAACCUUCCACAGUGGUCAGUGGUCAACAUCAGAGAGAUAACUUGUCUUCCAUCUCCAAGGAUCCGUCCCCAAAACUGGAUUCUGUCUUUCUCCCAAAUUCCAUGUGAACAGUAACAGCACAAAGCCAAGCAACAUGUCCAGGUCCGAUGAGGUGAACAGGCUGACAGAGAAUGUAUACAGAGUUAUUCUAGACCAGUUCAACCCAAGCCUAAAGAACUUUGUGACAAUGGGGAAACAUUACGAAAAAGCACUGUCAGGUGUCACUGUAGCAGCAAAAGGCUAUUUUGAUGCCCUGGUGAAACUUGGAGAACUUGCUAGCAUUAGCCAAGGGUCUAAGGAGCUUGGUGAUACGCUAUUCCAAAUGGCCGAAGUUCAUCGACAGAUUCAAGUUCAGCUGGAAGAAGUCGUGGCCUCAUACUACAGUGCAGUUGGCCAAUUUGGUUUUUGCCAGCGGCCUAUGGAUCAAGCAGAACAAUUAUUGUUAAAACUUUUCCACUCUGAACUCUUGGCCCAACUGGAACACAAGCUGGAGUUAGACAUCAAGUAUUUAACCGCGACACUGAAAAAAUACCAGGUUGAGCACCGUUCCAAGUCAGAGUCUAUUGAGAAAUGUCAAAGUGAGCUGAAGAAGCUGAGAAAAAAGUGUCAAAACAGCAAAAAUCCCCAGAAAUAUGGAGACAAAGAAGUGCAGUACGUUGAAAUCAUGAGCACCAAACAGUGCGAUUUGGACAAAUUUGUGGCCGAAGGAUAUAAAGCAGCUCUUACAGAAGAACGACGGCGAUACUCUUUUCUGGUGGACAGACAGUGUGCAGUGUCAAAACACUUCAGUGCCUAUCACAGCAAGGUGAAGGAUUUAUUAAGCGCCAAGCUUCCAUCAUGGCAGCAGUCAUGCACUCAGCCCACUAAACUUCCUGAACGUGCCCUGAUGCUUGUGAAACAAACCGCUAAUGCAUCUACUGAGCUGGUGAUCUCAGAUCCAGUGCCAAGCACUAAACCACUAGAUGUUCCUCCUGAGCUGGCACCUCUACUAGGGGGAGGACUGACUUUGAAUCACCGCUUGUCCGUGCAAGAAGUUCUUCCUAUACCUAAUGGAGAGAGUCUUCGCGCAAGAGGAUCACGUGAUAUGGGAAACCCUAUUCAUAUAGAGCCAUUAACACCCAAUCAGAUUGCUCCGCCACGCCCAGCGACACCGUCUUCCCUCACUCCGCCAAUGCCCAAGGCCAAUGAAAUGUAUUCCUGUACAUUACCAAUGCCACGGAAACCAGCCUCUGAGAACAGACUGGCCACCCUGGUUGAGAAUAAGACCCUGCCUCGCAUCAGCCCCCUGUCUGUUUUGCCUCCUCGUGUGGAACGUCGUAGAGUUCAAGCUGUCUUCUCUCACACAGCUGGAGAGAACAGCACCUUACUCAACUUCAACGAAGGGGACAUUAUACUUCUGUUGGUACCGGAGGCCAGAGACGGCUGGCACUAUGGAGAGAAUGAAGCCACUAAGAUGAAAGGGUGGUUUCCUUUCUCUUACACUCGCCCCCUUCCACCAGUAGAGAAUUCAGAUAAACUUAGCUCAAGUUUUCCACUUAGUAAAUUAAACAGUAGCAGCACUGGAAAUCUGGAUAAAGUCGGCAUGUCAAUCCCAGAAUCUGAAAAUGUCCGGAUAGAAGCCGUGAGAUACACUCCCUCUCCUCUUACUAGCACCUUCCGACAACGGCCGUACAGCAUGAUAAGUCCAGACCUGGUGCAACUAGCAAAUGAAUUUGGGAGCCCGGCGUCCUCUCCUUCCAGAAACAACCCUUUUGCCCACGUUAAGCUGAAGCGGACAAUUACUAACGAUCGUUCUGCUCCUGUCAUUCAGUGACCUUGUGAGGUCCUUCCAGAAGAAGCUGCGUCAAGAACAGUCUACAGAGGGAAAAAAAUGUCCUCACGAUGUCACAUUUUCUUCUUGGAAUCAAAAGAACUAACAUAAUAAACUGGUCUCUUUGUAAACCAGCAACUUUAAAUCAUUAACCCUGGAUGUAUUCUGUUUACAGUAGUCAUGAGGACCUUCCCUGCAGCGUGUAUGCUGACUUGUCAGAUUCAUGGUAGCACCUAUUUGUGUGGAUAAACGCAAUCAGCUAUA